AACUGAGAAUAAGUGGGUGCAGACAUACCUUAAGGAAACUGAUUUUAAGUUUCUGUAGGACUUGACAAUAGCCUACUACACACAUGUUGCAGAAAUGACUUGUUUUGUAUUUUGUAUCUUUUUUAUCUGUGUAGUCCAGUGUUACUGUGUAGAUGACACAAUAAUUUUGAGGUCUGUAGAUGAAGAUGCAUCUUUUAAUUGCUCUCAUUCAGAGCUUUUGGAUAGACAAAGCUGCUCCAGGAUAAAAUGGACUAAAUAUUCCUCAAAUGGUCUCAGUUCAAAAGUUAUUCUUGUUAGUCCUGAAACCCCAGAGUUUUCUAAUGCUAAACGUAUAAAAUUGCAGCUCAAAGACAGACAAAAUGUCCUCUUACUUACUAAAGUACAGAAAUCAGAUGAAGGUGUAUACAACUGUGAAAUCUGGAGUGGAUGGGAGUGCAUACUUGCCAAAAACUUCACUUUGAAAAUAAAAGAUUGCUCAACUCAAGAUAAGAAGGCACAUGUUGGAUCCGUUGUUACUUUGAACUGUUCAAUGGGGAACCAAGCCAGGGUCUAUAAUACCUCCUGGUCUAUGCUCAAGUAUGGCAACCCAGUCCCCCUCCCGAAUACAUAUCAAGUGAAUGGGUCAACAAUAUUAGUCAGAUCUGCGCUGACCUCUGACAGUGGGUGGUACCGCUGUAAUUACAGUCUCAGAGACACUCAACAGCGCUGUGUAGACAUCAAUCUUCAGGUGCAAGAAUUUUCAACAAAAUUCGCAAUUAAAGUAACUCAAGUGCCAAUGGUCAACCAGACUGCUCAGAUCUCCCAUAGUGGAGGGGGCUUUGCACCAGUACACACAGUUGCAGUGUUAGCUGGAGUUGUCUUCAUUAGUGCCCUGGUAGGAGCAGCACUUUACUGGAAACAUAUCAACAAAGAAGUCCCACAGGAGACACGGGAAUAUGAUUUUGUGUAUGAUACGACAUAUGAUGUUGUUCAUGAACCUGUGUUUACCAACCAACCUUUUUCCCAGCAACAAGGCCAGGAUGAGCAGAUGUGCACUUUCUAACAGCUUGAAUUUUUCAUUGCUGUGGGAGAAGAUGCUAGUUCACAGCCUGUAGUAGAUCAUAGAAACUGUCAUUUGAGGUGAUGGCUUCUCUUUUACACUUGGGACCACAGUCUUGUACAUCCUCAUAAAC